AUGGCAACAUCAUUAAGUAUCUACGAAACGGUCGGUCUGGUGCUAGCUGCUCUCGCGCUAGGUCGACUAGCCCAGCACCUCCAUCUCGCCUACUUUGGACCGCUAUCCCAUAUCCCCGCCUACAGCUUCUGUGCGCUCCACUUUAGCGGACUUUGGAGAGCGUACCAGUAUCGUUAUGGGAAAGGCAUCGCCUACGCCCUUUUGGAAGCGCAUCAGCAAAGAGAGCAGACCUUUUUGAGGUAUGGACUCGACCUGGUAUCCGUGUCGGACCCCGACGCGUACGAAGAAAUCUACGGAGGUCAUUCGACGACCUUUGUCAAGAGUGAGUCGUCCGUGCGCCCCAGGCGUAGACUUUCCACGCUCUGAUCCGCGCGCCCUCGCUAGCUUCCUUCUACAACACUUUUGCUUCGCCUGGCGCAAAGGAAGCCCACUCUUCCUUUGCGACGCAAAAUGUAGCAGAGAAUAGAGAACGACGCAAAAGACUGUCUCCCUUGUUCAAUCGCAACUCGAUCGAGUCCUUUGCACCGUUGAUCAAAUCCAAGCUGUCUGCCGCCUUCAAAAGCACCCUCACGGCCCAGGUGAAUGGUGUGCAAAAGAAAGCAGGAGAAGGCGCUGCGAGCAUUCCGAGAAUGUAUCACGCCAUCGCCUUGGAUGUCAUUUCCGCUCUAGCAUUUGGCAAGUCGACCGACGUCACGGCCACCAAGGAUUUCUCACACGACUACCUGACCGCAUUCGCCAACAACGAGGUCGUCAUGCUCAAGUCGUGCAUUCCAAACAUUACCGCGGCUCUUUUUGCAUUUGCUGGAAAUGCAAAGCUCUUUGCCGCCUUGUCGAAACUCGCACAAAUCGCAACGCAGAUGCUCGGCGAUUACGAAGCUGGAAAGACGGAUCCAGAUCUCGGAUAUCCCAUCUUGUUUGACAACAUGUAUGGCAAGGACGAAAAGCAUCACGCGCCCGCUCCGAAACAUGUCACGCUUGCGGAAGCUAGGACAUUCUUGGCGGCUGGACACGAUACUGUGAGUGCGCCCGCGCGAUCCUUGCGCACGUUUGACCACCACGCUUACCGGCCUCGGAGUUGCAGGUGGGAAAUACCACGAGUGCGGCGAUUUGGUCGCUGUUCAAGCCCACUGCAGAAGGUCAAAAGUCGCAGGUGCUCCGGGAUCUUCAAGCCGAGCUUGACGCAGCUUUCCCAGACGCCGACGACGUGUGGCAAGCCGAGCUGCACGAUCUCGAACAACUGCCGUUUCUGAAUGCUACGGCGAAAGAAGCAUUGCGAUGGUCUCAAGCCGUGCCUGGUAUCCUGCCUCGCAUCGUCCCUGCUGCAGGUUAUAAGCGCGGCAAAGUGUACCUACCACCGGGCACUUCUGUAGGAAUGUCUACGCUAUACGUUCACUUUAACCCCACCAUCUUUGAAUCGCCAGAUACUUUUGAUCCCUCGCGCUGGUUCCUGCCAGGCACCAAGGACCUCAAUCACCAUCUGGAGCACUACCUCGUCGCCUUUUCCAAGGGUUCGCGAAGAUGUCUAGGCUUGCCGCUGGCCAACGCCGAGAUACUCUUCUUCAUCGCCCUCACCGCUCGACUGUACGACGUGGACAUUGUGGGCCAUAGAGCCAACGAUUUGGCCAGAUUCAAAGAGGGAGGACAGGUGGACAUUCAGCACGCUCAGACGCCGCACUACUCUCAUCCGGAUCAUUUGGACCGCAGAGACUUUUUCGUAGCCAAGUGGAAGCACACUGUCGAUCUCAAGCUCGUCCCUAGAAUGUAG